AUGUGGAUCACCGCUGUCUUGUCCCACCUGCUCCUGGUGCAUCUGAGCUGCUCACACCUCACGCACUGGACAUACAAAGAAGGAGAGCUGGAUGAAGAGCACUGGGGAGAGCACUUUGCAGACUGUGCUGGCAAGCGCCAGUCUCCAGUUGACAUCCAGAGGAAAAAAGUGAGGUACAACCCCCAGUUGCUGCAGCUGGAGCUGAGUGGUUACGAUGGGCCUUUGCAGGGGGAUUUCACCAUGACCAACAACGGUCACUCGGUUCAGAUUGAUUUGCCCCCCACCAUGCACAUCUCCAGAGGGCUCCCAGGCCUCUACACGGCUGUACAGAUGCAUCUGCACUGGGGUGGCCUGGACCUGGAGACCAGCGGCUCUGAACACACCAUAGACGGGAUGAGAUACUUCGCAGAGCUGCACAUUGUCCAUUACAACUCAGCUGACUACUCAAGCUUUGAAGAAGCCAAGGACAAACCAAAUGGAUUGGCUGUGCUUGCCUUCCUGUACACGGAUGGACACUUUGAGAACACCUACUACAGUGAAUUCAUUUCCAAACUGGCAAAAAUCAGUUUUGCAGGAUGUCAAUCAACAAAACUCAUUUCUCUGGAUGUCCAAGCCAUGCUGCCCGAAAACCUCUCCCACUUCUACAGGUACCAGGGCUCACUGACAACCCCACCUUGCUCUGAGAGUGUGAUCUGGACCAUCUUCCAUUCUCCGGUUGUCCUGUCACACACACAGAUCAGCCUCCUGGAGAACACCUUGCUGGACUGGCAAAACAGAACGCUGCGCAAUGAUUACCGGCAUGCUCAGCCCCUCAACGGGCGAGUGGUGGAGUCCUCCUUCAGACCCAACCUCACCCAAGAACAAUGCGAUCCAGAAGAAUUCAGCCUCAGACUGGAACAAAUCCAGAUGCAGCUCCAAGACAUGAAGAGACAGUUGCUGAAUGGAGUGAGCCACAUAGGUAAGAAACACACAUCUACUCUGGAGUCCAGCUUACCUCCCAAGGAUAAAGACCCCAUGCCCUGCUGUCCUGGAUGGCCUGUAUCAUGA